AUGCAAUCUCCACAGGAUAUCCGUAGCCGUUCACCGUCCAUCGAACUGUACACCUUGUCCCACCUGAAGGACCUAUCGCUAUCCAGCCAAAAAGCAUCGACCGCACGUCCGUUGCCACAAAAUACCGACAAUCCGAAAGAUAGUGGCAAUGAAAGUGAAAAUGAAAUUGAACUUAUCGGUUAUCACCGCAUCCGGACCGUAGGGCAGGGUUCGUUCGGACUGGCUAUCCUCUACGAAAGGCUACUGGACCGACAGCUAGUGGUGAUGAAACAGAUUAAUUUAUCCGAUUUGACCAAAUCCGAACGGGAUCUAGCGAUGAACGAAGUUGAAGUGUUCUCCAAGCUGCACCAUCCCAAUAUCAUUGCGUACUUUGGAAGUUUCACUCGCGGUGAUUUCUUGUUCAUCGAGAUGGAGUACGCCGAUGGAGGGACACUAUCGCAAGUGCUCAUCGAAAAGAGCCACGGAGAGCGACUGCCGGAACGGUUCAUACUAAACAUGCUGGAGCAAAUCACGAGUGCCAUCAGCUAUAUGCAUUCGCAAAAUAUUUUACAUCGCGAUUUAAAAACAGCCAAUGUAUUUCUGAAUAAAAGGGGUAUCGUCAAGAUCGGGGAUUUUGGAAUUUCGAAAAUUAUGAGUACUAGAAGUCAAGCACAAACUGUUUUAGGAACGCCAUACUAUUUUAGUCCGGAAAUGUGCGAAGGAAAACAAUAUGACGAAAAAAGUGAUGUGUGGGCUUUGGGAUGCAUUUUGGGAGAAAUGUGCUGCUUCAAGAAGGCAUUUUCAGCUUCUAAUUUGUCGGAGCUCGUUUCCAAGAUCAUAACGGGGAAAUACGUCCCAUUGCCAGACGGCUAUUCCGAUGCCCUCAAACACCUGUUGAGUCUUAUGUUACAGGUUGAUCCACAGGACAGGCCAUCUGCAUCUGAAAUUCUGCAAUACUGGAUCCCACUGACCUAUCGAAAUUUAGGCAAACAUAACGGAUUUAAAUAUAUCUCUAACAAUCAAAAAGAUGGAUUCUCGGCUGAUGAUAAACAAUCGGAAACAACGGUAACUCUUGGAACAGCGACCCGGAACUGUUUGGAGGCUUCAACUGCCACUAUGAACAAUUUCCCACUAGCGGAACGAUCUGUUCUGUACCAACUGAAAUCAUUUGGGUCCUCGACAAGCUUGAGUCCUUUGCAACUGCCUCCGACGGCAAGGAUAAAACAGAUUGCAACUAGUGGAACGCACUUUGCUGUGGUGAUGUACGAUGGAUCCGUCUAUACCUGGGGUGAAGGAAACAAAGGACAACUGGGCCAUAACGCUCUGGAAACUUGGCGUCAUUAUCCAACCAGAGUCGAUGCAAUACGAAAGUACUACAUCGUUGGAGUUGCUACAGGACGCAGCUUCACUUUAUUUUAUACCAAUUUAGGAGUAGUGCUAAGCUGUGGCGAUAACAGCGAUGGUUGUUUAGGACAUGGCAAUCGGAGUUCGCUGCUAUUACCGAAGAUAAUUCAAAAGCUGAACAACGUCACGAUUGUCCAGAUCGCUUGUGGAGAGAACCAUGUUGUGGCACUAUCCAACGAGGGAGCUUUGUUUACUUGGGGCUGCAGUGCCGAAGGCGCAUUGGGCCUUGGAAAGCAAAUUAUGAGCUGUACCGAACCUACACGGGUGAUUAUUUCACAAAUGAAUCAAGAUAUAAAAGAUAUACACUGUGGACCAGAUUGUACUGUUAUUUUAACCCAAAGUGGUUCAUGCUAUUGCUGUGGCAGCAACAGUUUCAACAAACUUGGAUUUGGUCCGAAAGUGACACAACUAUUCAGUUUUCAGAAGCUGAUAUUUACCAGAUGCAGAAUUGUAGAUGUAAGCAUCACACAAUCGUGGUCCGCAUUUCUAGUCGAUGGUGGUUACGUCAUAUCAUCUGGGAAUAAUUUCAAUGGCCAACGAGGUUUAGGCCACAUCAACGAACAUGUAGAGCCUACAGUAGUGAAAAAUAUAUCAGCGCGUUUUAUCACGAAAAUCAGAAGCUUUCCCACAUACGCUGUUACCAGUACAGAUGACAACUGCGUAGUUUUUUGGGGUACGCGACUGGGAACCCCUGAUACAGACAUCAACGUGUCGUCUAAUCCAGCAUCAAGUAAUCAGUUACCGGAGAACACAUCGAUUGGUAACAGCACAGCGGCCUUCACAAAUUUUUUGACGUCUGUUUACAAAUACGAAUCGAUUUUGGAUCCAAUCGAUAUAUUGGCGUUGUAUUCCUCAAAUACACAGCAAGAGAAAGGACGGUAUGUUAAGCUGGUUGAUAUACAACCGCUUCUCCACAGUGUUUUAAUAGCCGUCGACACAACUUGUCCUUUAGUUUAAGUGACAAUCACCGCAGA